AUGGAUAGGAGAACAUUUGCCAUUUUGUGUCACCACCUUAGAACUAUUGGGGGUUUGAAAGGAACCAAAAAUAUGGAUGUUGAAGAAAUGGUUGCUAUGUUUUUACAUAUUGUAUCUCAUGACAUUAAGAAUAGAAUUAUGAGACGACAAUUUGCACGUUCGGGUGAAAUAGUUAGUAGACAAUUUAAUGCGGUUUUAAAUGCUGUGUUGCGCCUUCAUGAGUUAUUGUUAAAAAAACCUGAACCAAUUCUUGGUAGUUCAACUAAUGAGAGAUGGAAGUGGUUUAAGAAUUGUUUUGGAGCACUAGAUGGUACAAACAUUAAAGUCAAUGUGUCCGCCUUAGAUAGGCCUAGGUACUGGACUAGAAAGAGCGAAAUUGCUACUAAUGUAUUAGGUGUAGUCUCACAAGAUAUGCAAUUUAUUUAUGUCUUACCUGGAUGGGAAGGAUCAGCUGCCGACUCUAGAGUGUUACGAGAUGCCAUAUCUAGGACAAAUGGGUUGAAAGUUCCACAAGGACAUUACUACUUAUGUGAUGCUGGAUAUCCCAAUGGUGAAGGCUUCUUAGCACCAUAUAGAGGACAAUGA